CCGCCCCACUCCCGUCGUGCCCCGCGCUGCCCGCGCCGGCGGCGGCCGCGGCCCCACCAUGGGGCUGAAGCCCUGGCAGAAGGCGCUGUUCCCUCUCCGCUCCGUGGCCGCCGUGGUGCGGCUCUUCGAGGCCGAGCUGCGCCAGCCCGAGCCCGACCUGGUGCUGCUCUCGCUGGUCCUGGGCUUCGUGGAGCAUUUCCUGGCCGUCAACCGCGUCCUCCCCACCAAUGUUCCCGGGCUCACCUUCGAGUCUCGGCGGCCGGACCCCCAGACCCGGCUGUACUUCCCGGUGGCCGAGCUGUCCAUCGUGGCCGCGCUCUACGCCCGCUUCACGGCGCAGAUCCGGGGGGCCGUGGACCUGUCCUUGUACCCCCGGCCCGACGGCUGCUCCUCCCGGGACCUCGUCCGGAAAGUGUCCGAUGUCAUCUGGAACAGCCUCAGCCGCUCCUACUUCAAGGACCGGGCUCACAUCCAGUCCCUCUUCAGCUUCAUCACGGGUACGAAGCUGGACAGCUCGGGUGCUUUCGCCGUGGUCGGGGCCUGCCAGGUGCUGGGGCUGCCGGACGUGCACCUGGCCCUGAGCGAGGACCACGCCUGGGUGGCCUUCGGGGCCGGGGGGUCUCAGACCGCCGAGGUCACCUGGCACGGGAAGGGCAACGAGGACAGGAGGGGACAGCCCGUGCAGGCCGGGGUAGCCGAGAGGAGCUGGCUGUACCUGAAGGGGUCGUACCUGCGCUGCACACGGCACAUGGAGGUGGCGUUUAUGGUGUGCGCCAUCAACCCGUCCAUCGACGGCCACACCGACAGCCUGGAGCUGCUGCAGCUGCAGCAGCGCCUGCUGUGGCUGCUCUACGACAUGGGGCACCUGGACAGGUACCCCAUGGCGCUGGGGAACCUGGCUGACCUGGAAGAGCUGGAGCCCACCCCCGGCAGACCCGACCCCCUCACCCUGUACCACCAGGGCAUCCACUCGGCCCGCACCUACUACAACAACGAGCACAUCUACCCCUACCUGUACCUGGCCGGCUUCCACUGCCGCAACAAGAACGUCAAGGAGGCCCUGGAGGCCUGGGCUGACACGGCCACCGUCAUCCAGGACUACAAUUACUGCCGGGAGGACGAGGAGAUCUACAAGGAGUUCUUUGACGUGGCCAACGAUGUCAUCCCCAACCUGCUCAAGGAGGCGGCGGCCGAGCCCCCCCCGGGGGCUGAGGGGGCCCCCGGGGGUCUCCCAGCCCUGCAGGACCCCGAGUGCUUCGCUCACCUGCUGCGGUUCUACGAUGGCAUCUGCAGGUGGGAGGAGGGGAGCCCCACGCCUGUCCUGCACGUGGGCUGGGCCACCUUCCUCGUGCAGUCCCUCGGCCGCUUCGAUGGCCAGGUGCGCCAGCAGGUGACCCUGCUCUCAAGGACCCUGCCCCCCCCCGAGGCGGAUUUGGGGGGCCCCGAGGACCCCCGUGACGGCCGCCGCCGCGGCCCCCGCCGCGAAUCCAAACCCGAGGAGCCGCCCACCCCCAAAAAAUCCGGGGAGCGCCGUCCCCCUCCCCCGUGCCCCCCGCCCUGAGGAGACCCCGCCGCCCCCUCCCACGGCACCCCCGGCCCCGGGGACCCCCGGGCCGGCCCCGCCCGCGCCCCCCCCGGGGCGGUGCUGCGGUUCCGCUCGCAGAAGAUGCGGGGGAUGAAGGAGCUGCUGCGGGCGGCCAAGGUCAACUCGAGCGCCAUCAAACUGCAGCUCACGGCUCAGUCCCAGGUGCAGCCGCGCCGCCCCCGCGCCCCCCCCGCGCCCUACCCCCUGCCCUUCCUCAAGAGACCCCGCAAAGGUUCCUAGGGAUCCCCCAAAAAGCCCAAAAUCCCAGCCCAGACCUGCCCCGGCUGCAGCCACACCAUUUCCGUUGUCAACAGACCGCGGAAGAGUCCUCUGGGGCUGCUCCAAAGCUUUUAGGGAGCCCAAAAAUAACGUGAGACCCAGUGACCCCCCCCUGCCUUUCCUCAGGAGACCCUGAAAAGGGUCGUAGGGAUCCCCAAAAACCCCAAAAUCCUUCCCCAGACCCCAGCCCACCUGGGAGUGCUGGCGCACGUGUGGAGAACCCAAAAAGGGGUCGUAGGGAACCCCAAAAUCUGCAGGUGUGGGGGGUCCUGAGUGUGCCCUGGAGUUUCCUGUGUCCUCUUUGGGGUCUCCAGGGUCCCCCUGUGCCAGCAUCGAAGCCACCCCGCCUGUCUGCCCCCAACACCCACCCCCAGCAUCACCCCCUGUCCUUCCUGGAGGGACCCCAAAAAGGACUGGGAACCCCCCCGAAAUGCCAGGGGGACACCCCCAAACCCAUCUCCCGUCUUCUGCCCCUCCUCAAGAGCCCCCAAAAUCUGUGAGAGGGGUUCAGAGCCCUGGAAUUGGGACUGGGAGCCCCUCUUAGCGAUUUUGGGGGCUCUUGGGGUGGAGGAUUUGGGGUGUGGGGGGGGUGGGCAGCACAGCCCCUGUCCCUCCCGAGACCCCCGAGCCCCCGCCAGAGGUUCUGAGCCCCCAGAAUGGAAGAGGAGGGAUUUGGGGUGGAACAAGGUCGGGGGUACAAUGGGCUGGGGAUGGAAGAUUUUGGGGGUGGCGGGAAUUUUGGGGUGCAGGUGGCCUCAGGGGCUUUAGAGGGGGGUUUUGGGGAGAAGUGGGGGGGCUCGGACGCAGCCUAGUGUUGGGGUGCCCACCACGAGGCCUUUGGGACCCCACACGCGGACUCCGGGGGGGUCCCGGAUUGGGGGGGAUCCGGGGAGGGGGGGGGUCCAAGACACCGGGUGAAGGGGAGGAGAUUAAAUAAUUAAUAAUAAAGUGUCGCUGGUUUUACCGAG